GCUUGGUAGAGUUCCUCCGAGUUAGGGUCGCUGUUCUACGUGCAGUUUUGGUUCUUGCAUGUGUUAUUACCUGCUGUCUCUGGGACUGAAGAGCCUUGAGUGAUAUGAAGAUGAUUGGGAUCCGUUUCCUGUGGACUCUGUUGGUGAUUCACUGUGUGUUUGUGUGCGGUGACAUUCAAUUCCUUGAGAGGCAGGAGGGCGACUUGGUAGUCUUUCCUUGCUCCAUCAAGUCCAGCAUCCAUUCACCUGCAGCCUUCUCUUUAAAGCGCACUUGGUUGCAUCCUGAUGAUGUUCUCUUCAAGUACAAAGGGACAGAGGCGCAUGUGGAAAAGGCUCAUGACAAACGGCGUCUGGCGGUCAGCGGCGACCCAAGCAGCCACUCGGUGAAUGUGACAAUGUCUGACCUCAAAGCCAAUGACACCGACCGAUACGUUUGUGAGUUUGUGAUAGAGAACCCUUCUUCUGAGGAUGAACACCGAACAGGAGAGACAGAAUUCUUCCUCCUUGUUGAUACUGACGCCCCCGGUGCUUGGGUGGACGUAGGGCCGAUAGAAGUGUGCGCCGGGGGCUCGGCUGUCAUCCCCUGUCUCCCCCCCCACGGCGAGGACCUGCCAGUGGAGGGGGUGAGCCUGACGAGGCGAAGGGGCCGAGAUCCCGUGGAGCUGCUCUACCACUCCAAGCGCCACCACCGCACCGGACCGCCGCCCUCCUCCGCUUCCUCCUCCUCACGCUUCCAGCUGUGGUCGUCCCCGGGCCCCACGGGCUUCACGUACAACCUCACCCUGCGUCAGCUGCAGCCAGAGGACGGCGGCUUGUACAGCUGCCAGCUCCUCCUGCGCGGCCGCCAUGACGGUAGCACGUCAUUAGACAGCCGACGGGCUGUCUUUGUUUCCGUGCAAGGUCAGUGCAGCUGCUCCGGCUACACCACGCUGCUGUACGCGCUCUCUUCCUCCGUGGUCGUCCUCCUCGUGCUGCUCGCCACGCUGCUGCUCUGCCAAAAAAAAGCGUGCGGCUCCAAGCAGCACCCUCAAGUGCCCAUCUACGAGGAGAUGGUCGGCGUGCAGACCCCCACUGACAAAUUGGAUCCUCUGCAUCUGGAGGAGCCGAGCGUGUACAGAAACUGUCGGAGGAAGAAAUCCUGCCCAGAGAACGAGUACGAAACUUCAAGCGGGGCUCUCAGAAAGUAAAGUAGAACUCGUUAAGUCAGACGUCAAACUAGCUGGAUUCUGAAUAGCUUGAUGCAAAGAUUACUUCUAUGCUCACAAAUAAGUUAUGUCGCGGUACAUCCACACAAACGCAGCUCUCACACUUCCCCUUUUUCGUCCGUCUGAACUCCUUGAAGUAUAUUACCUUCAAACAUCUGGAGCAUAUUCUCUCGUGCGGCCACAACAUUAUCUUGCUGUUUACUUGUGUCGCAAAAUAUUCUCACAACAUUCUCAGUGCAUGUUAAACCUAUACACUCUAAAGCAGACCUGGGCAAAUUAAGGCCCGGGGGCCACAUGCGGCCCGUUAAACCUUUCAAUCUGGGCCCACCGGACAUUCCCAAAUAUUUUUUUUAGUUAUUUAAGGUGGAAACUGUAGCUGCCAUUAUGAUGUGCAGUGAUGUUUUCAAAUGACCGUAAGUCUUGAACUAUACAAAGUAUUUCAAUGGUUGGAAUCUGUGCUUUUGCAUGAUAUACUAGUUACCAUGGUAACCUAAGUCACAGCAGCUCAGACGAGGCACCAAGCAGUGUGGGAGCGUUUCCACAGUGUUUCCAGAGCGUCCAGCCUGAAAUGCUGGUGUCAGGGACAGACGCGGAAGGAGAUUUUUACAACAAAGUUCUAAAGCUAAGUGAUAUCUCAGAUGUAUCAGAUUGUAGGUGGGUUUUUUUUUACCCAUCGCGUUCAUAUUUCGCUGUUUGUUGCAUUUUUGUUGCGUUUCGCUUGAUUGUAAAAUAUGUCGAUCGAGAGGGGGUGUGACGUUCAUAUGUUGUCAAUAUUCAGUGUUUUAUCGGUCAUAGUUACCGUAUUUUUCGGAGUAUAAGUCACUCCGGAGUAUAAGUCGCACCGGCCGAAAAUGCAUAAUAAAGAAGGAAAAAAAAACAUAAGUCGCACUGGAGUAUAAGUCGCAUUUUUUGGGGAGAUUUAUUUGAUAAAACCCAACACCAAGAAUAGACAUUUGAAAGGCAAUUUAAAAUAAAUAAAGAAUAGUGAACAACAGGCUGAAUAAUGGUACGUUAUAUGAGGCAUAAAUAACCAACGGAGAACGUGCCUGGUAUGUUAACGUAACAUAUUAUGGUAAGAGUCAUUCAAAUAACUAUAACAUAUAGAACAUGCUAUACGUUUACCAAACAAUCUGUCACUCCUAAUCACUAAAUCCCAUGAAAUCUUACACGUCUAGUCUCUUACGUGAAUGAGCUAAAUAAUAUUAUUUGAUAUUUUACGGUAAUGUGUUAAUUUCACACAUAAGUCGCUCCUGAGUAUAAGUCGCACCCCCGGCCAAACUAUGAAAAAAAACUGCAAUGUAUAGUCCGAAAAAUACGGUAAUAUUGUAAAUCCCACAUUCUUUAUUUUCAGGCACAUUCUGGGUGUCUCAUUCAGUAAAACAUUUUUUAAUUCCAUUCCUUUUUUUUAGGCGGUCUGUCGUAACGUUUUAGCAUUCAAUCAGACAUUAUUGUGAGGUUUUGUAUUAGUGAUCCUAAAAAUAGAUAUACCGGCCCCCCAGACACAUUUUUUUCUCUAAAUUUGGCCCCCUAGUCAAAAUAAUUGCCCAGGCCUGCUCUAAAGUAUAGAGACGUUUUACUUUUAUAGAUUUGUUCAGGAAUUGACAAAACACCCGACAGCAAAAAGUAGAAAUUGUAUAACUUUUAUGAUUUAAAAGUGCCCCAGCUCACGAGCUUUUCUGUAUACCAGCUGUCCUGCUGCUUUUUGUUAUGCUUUAGGUUACCAGCUAGUUGGCAAAUGUUACAGUGGACCCCGUAAGAUCCAACCAAAACAUCCGAUGUCUUACGCGCUAGCAUUAGCUUAGAGCUAGAAAUCGACAUAACUUUGUUUUUUUACGACGGUAAGGAAGAAAGUGCGUGUGAAAGUCAGUGCUAGGAAGAAGCAGAUGAUAUUAAUUGAAUUAAAGAAAUAAAACAUCAAAAACAUGACAGAGCGUGUAGCUGACUUGAAGUAGUUGGGAGUGUAUCACUGCAAGUUUGCACCAAACUGAAAGAGAAUGAGUCCAUAAUGCCAGCCAGGAACGUUAAAAUUGUAUAAAUGGCAGAUUCAUUGAAGCUGCUGAGGGUGUGUUUGACGGAAGCAGCUCAUAGUGUAGAAGUCCACUCUCCCAAUGCUGUACAUUUCUAAAACUACUGUAAUUGCUUGCAGUGCAUUCUAGAUAUGUGGUUUGUAUUCUAUAUUUCCUAAUAAGUUUAUUUUUCUUUCUAAAAGACAAGUUAAAACUGUUUGCUUUUGUAAGGGCCAAAUACCAAUAAUUUAUUAUAAUUCCUUUCAGUGGGCAUUUCACAAUACCAGUUAUGUCACAACACCAUUUACAGUCCACACAAAGUAUUCACAGCGCUUCAAACAUUAAUUUAAUUAAUUUUGGAAUAACUCGUCUCCGUCUUCCUCCCACCUCCAAAGACAUGCACCUGGGGAUAGGUUGAUUGGCAACACUAAAUUGGCUCUAGUGUGACUGUGAUAGACUUGUCUGCCUGAGUGCAGCUGGGAUAGACUCCAGCACCCCCAGGACAAGCGGUAGAAGAUGGAAGGAAUAACUUGUAACAUAACAAAAUGUGGAAAAAGUGAAGCGCUUAGAAUACUUUCUGGAUGCAUUGGAAAAUAAUUAAAUAAAAUAUAUUUUUCUUUUGAAAAGUAAAGCUAAAAGUGCUGGUAUGAUCUUAUCCUAUUCCCCAUCUGGCAACCCAGCAGCUAAAGUAGAGAGAUACACAAAUGUAUACAGUUCCUGAAAAAGAAAAAGACGACAAACUGAAAUAACAGCCAAGAAAAUCUGUACUUUAUUAAUAGAAUCGGAAAUAAGCUCCAUAAAUUCACAUGGAAACUUGUUUUUGUCCGGUGCAUGUCCUUAACAAUCACAUUCUAUGAGGAAAAGGAACAACAUUAAAAGCCACAACUUUGUAUUUCAGUUACAGACAUUUUUUUUUCUCCACGUUUUUUUCUUUUCUUUUUAAAGUAAAGGCAAAAGUACCCACAUUACCCCCCGCCCCCCAAUCCUAAAAACCCCUUUAAAGAGCCUUUUAUUAAAAUCCUGGGCUUCUUCUCAGUAGGACCCACAGUGCUUUAGCAGAAGGACAAGCGCUCAUUGGUUAAAAGGGUUACACAGCAUGGCGAUGUAAGGGCUCGCUAAAACAUGACAAGAGACAAAAAGAAGCCAACAUCAAACCCUGAACCCCAAGGACUUGCCCCUCCCACUUUGUGCAUAGAUCAUGAUCCUUUUAAAAACCAGCUGUUUGCACGGAGAGAUGAUUGACAAGUAACAUCCUGCACAGGAAUACACAAAGAAGCAAGAACAUUUUCAUUGAUCGGUUUCAAAUGUAAAGCAACGUCUACUUGGGAUUUCACAUGUAAAGCACUUUCUUUUUCUCUUUAAAUUCAGUUGAUUCUCAGUCUUAUUUGGUAAAUAUGCGGAACUUGCUACAAACAUUUCUUCUUGUCUUUUCAACUCAAAACAAACAAAGAAAGCAAACGCUUCACCGGUGCCUGUUGCUUAGUUGUGAAGAAACGAUGGAGGAGUUGGGAUGUUAGAACCCUGACCUUCCUGAGACAAAAAUCCAUGAAUCUUUUACAAGUGUGCAAGAUAGUGACCCAACAUAAUGGCAAACAACACAAACACACACACA